AUGGGGAAGCUGAAGCCCGUUUCUCCGACGGCUACUCCUCGAGGUCAGAAGAGGCGCCGUGAGAAGCCCAAAAGGCCGGUGCUCGAUGAUGGUCUUCCUGACUCUCCAGCUGGAAUCAUAGCAGCGAAGGCUGUUCGGCGUGAGAAACCAUCCAAUGAGAGCCCUCAAGGCCUACAUCAGAGUGAUGACGAUGACUCAGAUGAUUGCAAUGUUUCCAGCGAGGAUGAGGCACAUGAUAUGAAAAGCAAUAAAAGUGAUGCUUUUGAUGAAAUGGAGUCGUCAUGUUCAUUUCAGCGUCAUGUUACUCACGUGCUAGCAAAUGAUGAAGUCAAUGCAUUAGUGAAUCAGAAGAGUAAAUUUAAAUGGGAGAUGCCUGCUGAGGACAUUCCAAAAUCCAAAUGGGUUGGGACAGGUGAAAAAAUUAAGGGAGCUUCUGAUGACCCUUUUGUUGAUGUCAAAGGAAAAUUGAAGGACCACUGGCAAAAAAUCCUCUCUGAUGAUUUGAAUUAUAGAUCGAGGUUCUUCUCACUUUGUAAUAGCUAUCGUGACAUAAUGCAUUGUAAUAAGAAGCCAUUUUAUCUUAAGGGUAGUAAGGUGGAUUCCAGUACUAUGGACGCAUAUCUUAUGCAUGCUUUGAGCCAUGUUCAUAGGACAAGAGAUGUUGUCAUUAAGAAUGAUGCGAAGCUUAGGAAUGAUGCUAACACAGAUGUUAUGGCGGACGACUCAUACCGCGAUCAGGGUUUUACACGUCCAAAGGUUCUUUUCUUGUUACCUCUCAAAAGCAUUGCACGACGCAUUGUGAAGAGAUUAAUCCAAUUAUCUCCGCUGACACAAAAGGAUAAUUCUAUGGGACAAUUCAAGAAAGAGUUUGGCGAAUCAGAUGAUGAACUGGAGGAGCCAAAUAGUUCAAAACCAACAGACUUUAACCUUCUGUUUGCUGGGGAUGUUGAAGAUCACUUUCUUUUUGGAAUAAAAUUUACAAAGAAAUCUGUUAAGCUAUACAGCAAUUUCUACGCUUCUGAUAUUAUAGUUGCGUUUCCUUAG